AAUAAUAAUUGAAUUUUAACUGAAGCGAAAUUGAAAAGCUUUUCUAGUCGCAAUUCCUUGAACCUGUUACAAAAUGCCGAACUUUGUUGCUCAAUUUUUUGUUGUAUUUCUUUUGGGAUUCCUCCUUAUUAGGAAAUGGAUUUCUGUCUUUGUGGUUACUAAUUCAUUGCAUGUGUUAAUUAGUCAAGAGUAAAACUACAUAAAGUGGCUCUCUGUACUUGUGCGAAAUGACAAACCUCGUCUGUAAUUUACUCUUGCUCCAGUUCCCCGUACAGCCAUUUAGAUCGGUGCAUCAGUGCAUCCAAGGUAACACUGAGCCUGUGGGUUGUGCAGUUGUGCUAGUGACAAGCUGGUAUAGGUCUCUGUCUUUGACAAAGGAUUAACUUUGUUUUCAUGAUGCACUUUUUUUCUGGAUAUUAUGAAGACAAAUGGGGUUUACCUGCUUUCAAGCAUUGUUUGUACAUAUACAGCAGAAACACAAACCGGGCCCAACCGCAUUCUGGGCCUGUCGGCCCAUAGAAUACUCGAUCCACCCCCAACAGAAGCAAAUCGACUUUUUCUUUUGAAGGAAAAAAAAAAAACAGAAGCAAAUCGACUAGGAACCGUCUCCCUCUUGGUCUCCAUUUAAGUGCGGCUGUGAGCCCUCGUCCGGCGAAGUUGCUCAGGAACCUCACCCACCGCCGCCGGAGGCGAAGUCUUAGGUACCAGUUUGCACAAUGGAUGUGGACCCAAGCCCCUUGCUGGAGUCACCUGUGAGGGAUUGGUCUGAGCUCCCACUCGACCCUCUCUCCUCAAUCUUCAUGAAGCUUGGGGCCAUUGAGGUCCUCAUGGGUGCAGGCCUUGUGUGCCGCUCAUGGCUGGCAGCUGCAAAGGCACCAGAAAUUUGGCGUUUUGUGGACAUGACUCGCCAUAAGUUAGUUUUCUCGAAGAGCACAAGUAUCUUGUGUGCCAUGGCAAGAGUAGCCAUAGAUCGCUCAGAUGGAAGGAUGGAGUCAUUCUGGGCUCAACAAUUUGUUACCGACGAACUCUUGGAUUACAUUGGAAACAGGGCCAAUUAUUUGAAGAGCAUUCGGCUUGUCUCAUGCGCAUACUUUUGGCAUAUGCCAUUGGUUAUGAUGGUAGAUAAAUGUCCGCUUCUGGAGGAGAUAGAAUGUUCAUAUCAAAUAAUGCCAGAAGGUUUUUUCAGGAAUCUAGGCAUUGUGUGCCCCCAGUUGAAGCGUCUAAGAAUCAAUAUUGAGGAGUGGUAUGAUUCUGAUGAGAUCUGGCGUGAGAUGAAGAUGGAAUGUCGCCGGCAAAAUGGUGAGCUAGAUGAAGACGAGGAAUCAGAGGAGGAAACUGCCGAAGCUUGGGAAGCGAGGAUAAAUGAGGUUGCCUUUGCCAUUGCAGAGAGCUUGCCUGAGCUUCGGCUUCUUCAGUUGGCAGGCAACAGCCUGACCAACAAAGGGCUCUAUGCCAUUCUCAAGGGCUGCCCCCAUCUCGAAUGCCUUGACAUCUCUGAUUACUCCAAUCUCCAUGUCAAUGGUGAACUCCGAGCUCGAUGCUCUAACCUCAAACAUGUCUUGUUUCACAAACAGCAGAAUAAGGUUUGCUGCCCCGACCUUCAUGUCAUUGGAGAGAAAGAGGGUGAAGACUACAAGGCUCACUAUGCCCUACCUUUCAUCAAAAGAUGAAGAUAUGUUGUACGCUGAGGGGGGGAUGAGUGAUGGUUCUUAUGGUAACUACUGGGAGGACUACGACUGACGCCUUUCGUCCCCUGAUGAGCGCUCCUGUCCUGAUUUGAGCAAAGUGACCUGUGAUGACACAAGAUUCUACAAUGACAUACUAUUCUCUACGAUCAUCUCAAUGUCCUGUUUGAACCGUUGCGGGUUGUGCUAUUAGUUGUUUAUAUGUCAUUGUCAUGGUGUAUGCUCUAAGUUCGUUAAGCCUACAUCAUAGUGUUUUGGAUAUUUAGUGUUUACAUCUGAGUUUAUAUUAUUGCCAUCUUUGGAAAAGUCGGAUUCUUGGUUCCGGUGGAAGUUGAACUUAUUCAUAUAUUGUGAGUCACAGGUCACAAGUUUGAGCUGCUUCAUGACCUGUUAACGUUCUGUUUUUAUCUUUUGAACUUGUGGUUUAUACUGGAUAGGCUUAUGCUUGUGUAUCAGUCCAUCUAUUCAUGGAGACAUACAUUUAUGCAAAGGUUACUGCUUGUACUUGGCCUUA